AUGUCUCAAGGAACAAAAAUGCUAAAGUGUUGCCCAGAAGAAAAUGGAAUAAAAGAUAGAUGGAAUUUUAUCAAACAGGAUUGGGAAUAUGAUAUAAUAGGCGUCAAAGUUGCUUUGAAAGAAAUGAAAGAUUCUAGAUAUACAACUGAAUUUCUUAAAGUGAAUAUUAACUAUAAUGGAUUUAUUGCUAUGUAUUAUGGGUUUUCAAAAAAUCCUUUUACACAAAACUACAUUUUUGUUGCGGAUUUAUUUCACGAUGACUUUCAUAAUUAUUUGACCAAAACUUUUUGGGAUUUAGAAUGGCAAACAAAAACAAACAUAUUAGCAUCAAUAGCAGAGGAUCUCGAAAGCUUACAUUCAAAAAAUCUAGUUCAUUGUGACCUUCGUAGUGGAAAUAUUUUUAUAACCUAUAAUGAAGAUUUAUACUUUGAAAUAGAUUUAGGUUUAUGUAAAUUAGAAAAUGAUUUAAUUUUAAAUUAUAAUCCCAAAAAUAACGAAACUUAUGGAUCAAUUCCAUAUAUUCCGCCUGAG